AUGGAACGUGCAGCACUGCGGGACAAUUUCCGCCUGCAGCCGGGUGAUUUGGUGGCCACGGCGGGGCAAGCGUUGGAGCUGGAUUGCGUGCCACCCUUGGGGCACCCCGAACCCCACGUCACCUGGAAGAAGGACGGGGUGACCUUGGACUUGACCGAUGACCGGUAUGUGGUCACCAGUGGGAAGUUGCGGGUGGCACCGGCGCGACGGAGCGACUCCGGGCUCUACGUCUGCGUGGCAGCCAACACGGCAGGUUAGAGGGAGAGCCGGGGCGCCCGCGUCUCCGUCCUGGAGAAGCCGACCAUUGUGCGGCGCCCAAGCGACGCCGUGGCGGUGGCUGGCAGCACCGUGGAGCUGGCUUGCGGUGCCCAAGGUGACCCGGCGCCGCGGGUGCAGUGGCACAAGGAGCGUGGGGACCUGCCCUGGGGCAGGCACGAGGUGGACCGGGAGCACACGUUGCGCCUCGACGCCGUGAUGCCUGCCGACGCCGGCACCUACGUGUGUACAGCACAGAGCCAGCUGGGCACCGCCGCUGCCAGUGCCCGCCUCCGCGUGGAGGACCGGCUGCCGAUGGGCCGGCAGGAGGCUGCACCACGGGACCUGCUGGCCGUGAGGCUGCACCUGGACAACGGCACCGCGCUGCCCGCCGCUGCCGUCCAGCUCCGCUGGCGGAUGCUGACGCCGGCACUGGCGCCGGAGGGCUACAUGGUGCUGUACCGCUGCCUGCUCCCUGCCAGCACCUCCUGGGUCCAACACGAUGCCGGCAGGGAGCUCAGCGCUGUCAUCCCCGCACUCCGCAGGGGCUACAAGUAUGAGUUCAAGGUCCAACCCUACGCUGGAGGGACCCAGGGCUUGGACAGCAACAUCAGGCACCUCUGGAUACCUGAGGAAGUACCAAGCGCGGCGCCCCAGCACGUCACCGUGGGCCAGGCUGAGAUGGGGAACGGCACCGUGAUCGUGAGCUGGGAGCCACCUCCUCCUGAGGCCCACAAUGGCAUCAUUCGGGGCUACAAGGUCUGGUCAAUGGGCGAGGGCUGGCAGCGCCACACCAACAGGACAGUGGACGGAGGCACCCGCCGCCUGGAAACCCUCCUCCCGAGCCCUGGUGCCGAAUUCUGUGUCCAGGUGGCAGCUUUCAACAGCGCGGGGCUGGGGGUCCCCAGCAAUGCCACCUGUGGUGUCCUGGGGCUGACGGCAGGGAGCAACAGGGGGGUGCGGGCACUGCAGCAGCCCGCCGUCAUCGCAGCCGCUGGCUCGCUGCUCUGGUUGGCCUUGCUCGCCCUCCUCCUACUCCUCUGCCAGCGCCGCGCCAGCCAGGACGCCGCGGCUCGCCGCAGGCUGGUGGACGGUAAAUCGCCGUGGCUCAGUGGACCCUGGAAACCCGGCUGUGCCCCCCGAAACCUCAGCAGCAGCAGCAGCCUCAGUAGCCGGCUCCUGGGCAGCGAUGGCAGGGAUCCCCACCCCUCCACCUUGUCCUUGGAGCCACCGAGCCUCGGCCCCCCCACGCCCCCCAACCGCAGCAGCCUCCGCAGGGGGCACCCACCGCCCCUUGGGGACACCGGGUGCUGUGGCGGGGGGCACCCCAGGGUGCGCACCUCGCCCAGCACCCCGAACCCGGCACCCUGGGAGCGCAUCCACAAGAGAGAGCUGCACCAAGUGCACAGCACCCCAGUGCUCACGAGUGGUCCCGGCCACGUCCCUGUCACCGGGAGUGGAAGCGAGUGGGGGACGGAUUUUGGGCUGGCAGCCAGGUGGCCUCAGCAAAGGGGACAUGACAGUGACAUCACCACCGCCGUGCUGGCCGGAGGGGACCCCCGGCGGCUGCCAGUCUUCAGCUCCCCAAAACCGCGGCGGGGCAGCGCCUCACUGGCCUCCAGUGUCACCGGUGUCACCGGGUCACCGGUGACACCCCCAAGGCCACCCCACGCCUGGCACCCCCCGGUGACCCGGUCCCCGGCCACUGCAUGCCCCAGGGACACGUCCCCGGUCACCAGACGACCCAAGGACAUGUCCCCAGUCACUGGGAUCCCCAGAGACACUUCCCCGGGCAGCAGGCACCCCAAGGACAUGUCCUCAGUCACUGGGAUCCCCAGGGACAUGUCUCCAGCCACCCGGCACCCCAGGGACACAUCCCUGGUCAUUGAGAGCCCCAGGGAUGUGUCACCGGUCACCAGGCGCCCCAGGGACAUGUCCCUCAUCAUUGAGCACCCCAAGGACCCAUCACCAGCCGCCAGGCACCAGAGGGACACAAUCUCUGCCACCAGGCACCCUGAGGAUACGUCCCUGGUCACCAGCUGCCCCAGGGACGUGUCCCCAGUCACCAGACACCCCAAGGAGAUGUCCCCAGUCCUCAGUCAGCACAGGGACAGGUUCCUGGGCAGCAGAUACCCCAAGGACAUGUCCCCAGCCACCAGACACCCCAGGGACCCAUCACCGGUGACCAAGCACCAGAGGGAUAUGUCAUCGGCCAGCAGGCACCCCAAGGCCACAUCCCCAGCCAGCGGGCACCCAAGGGACACGUCCCCAGUCACUAGGCUCCCCAAGGAGAAGUCCCCAGCCACCGGGCACCGUAGGGACACACUCCUGGCCACCAGAUACCCAAAGGACAUGUCACCGGCCACCAGCUACCCGAAGGACACGUCCCCAGACACCAGGCACCCCAGGGACACAUCCCCCAUCACCAGGCACCCUGAGGAGAUGUCCCCAGUCACCGGUCACUGCAAGGACAUGUUCUUGGUCACCAGGUACCCUGAGGAUAUCUCACCAGCCACCAGGCAUCCCAGGGACACAUCCCCAGACAUCAGGCAUCCCAGGGACACAUUCCCAGCCACCGGGCACCCAAGGGACACUUCCCCAGUCACCAGGCACCCCGAAGAGAUGUCCCCAGUCACUGGUCACCGGAGGGACAUGUUCUUGGGCAACAGGUACCCCAAGGACACGUCUCCGGCCACCAGGCACCCAGGAGACAGGACCCCAGUCACCGGGCGCCUCUCGCCGGCAUUCAGUGAUGGGGUCCUCACACCACAGCGGGUGGCCGAGGACCUGGAGAUGGACCAGGACACCACCUGCCCCCGCCCCCCGGCACCAACCACACCACGGUCCUUCUCACCGCCACACACCUACGGCUACAUCUACGGGCCACCGGCCUCUGAGCUGGGCGAGGAGGAGGAAGAGGAGGAGGAAGAGCGGCCAGCGAUGAGGGGCUCUCCAGGGGGAUCGCUGCUGAAUGGCUGGGGGUCUGUCUCAGAGGACAACUUUGCCAGCGCCCGCUGCAGCUUGGUGAGCUCCUGUGAUGGCUCCUUCCUCCUGGACGCCAGCUUCGCCCGGGCACUGGCUGUGGCCGUCGACGGGCUCUGCUUCAGCCUCGAGGACACCGAUGUGGGCUACGGGGGUCCCUCACCACCACCAUCACCCUUGGAGGGAGGCUUCUCACCCGGGGUCCCCAUCCCCGCCUGGGACUGGGGGACAGCGCUGGGGGUCCCAUGGAGAGCCGGGACGGAGGCAGCCGUGGGUGUCCCACAGUACGGUGGCCACGGGACAGGGAUUGGCAGCCCCUGGGCCCGGGCGGGUGGCGAGCCAAGGACAGGAGGGACAGGAGCGUGGCAGUCUCCAGGGUGUAGGACGCAGCAAGGCCAGAGUCCCCUCGGCUCGGCUAAAAUCCAGCUUUAUUAAGUGGUUCCCCAGAAAGGGGUUCUUUGCUAGCAAAAGCCACCCACAAAGGGUGGGUCGCACCAAGGUGGGUGGGUGUCCCUCCUUCUCUAGCGUUCUUGUCCUCCCCAAGUGUCUUCAUCCUUCACCAAUGUCCCCAUCCCUCCUCAGUGUCCCCAUCCCUCCCCAAAUUCCUCAUCCCUGCCCAGCAUCCUCAUCCUCCCCAAGUGUUCUCAUCCUCCCCAAGUGUACUUGUCCCCUCCAAGUGUCCUCGUCCCUCCUCAGUGUCCUCCUCCUUCCCCAGCAUCCUUGUCCCCCGACCAUCCUCACCCAUCCCAAGCACCGUUGUCCAUCCCAAGUGUCCUUGUCCUCCCCCAGGGUCAUUGUCCCCCUGACCGUCCUCAUCCCCGUUGACCGUUCUCAUUCCUUCUGACUGUCCUCAUCCUUCCUGACCGCCCACAUCCUUCCUCAGCAUCCUUGUCCCACCUCGACCAUCCGUGGCCCUCUCAAGUGUCCUCAUCCCUCCCAAGCCACCUUGUCCUUCCUGAAUGUCCUUGUGCCCCCUCUGAAUGUCCUCAUCCCUCCUAACUGUCUUCAUCCCCAGUGUCCUUAUCCCUCCUGAGCACCCUCAUCCUUCCCCAACUGUCCUCACCACCCCCCGAGUCUCCUUGUCCCUCCCCACCAUCCUCAUCCCCCUGCGACCAUCCCCCUUGUCCCUCCCUACUGUCCUUGUCCCUCCCAAGCAACCUUGUCUUUCCCAAGUGUCCUCUUCCCCGCAGCGAUCCUCAUCCCCCGGGUGUCCUCGUCCUUCCCCAAUGUCCUCAUCCCCCCAAGCAUCCUUGUCCCCCAACGUUCCUUGUCCCUCCCCAGCACCCUCAUGCCUCUGCAGUGUCCCUGUCCUUGUCCCUCCCAUGUAUGCUCAUCCCCCCAGCUGUCCUCGUCCCUUCCAACCAUCCUCAUCCCUCCCAGCCAUCCUCGUCCCUCCCCAGAGUCCUCAUCCCUCCCAACUGUCCUUGUCCCCAGGGUCUUCAUCCUUCCCUGAGCAUCCUCCUCAUCCCUCCUGAGAUCCUUGUCCCUCCUCAGUGUCCUCAUCCCUAGCGACUGUCCUUGGCCUCCACGAGCAUCCUCAUCCUUCCUCAAGCAUCCUUGUCCCUCCCAACUGUCCUUGUCCCCAGGGUCCUCAUCCCCCCCUGAGCACCCUCCUCCCUCCCUGAGCAUCCUCCUUGGCCCUCUCCGAGCAUCCUCAUCCCUCCCAAGCAUCCUUGUCCCUCCCAAGCAUCCUCGGCCAUCCUGACUGUCCUUGUCCCCCCCCCAGAGCGUCCUUGUCCCCCCCUCGCGCUUGCCGCC